AUGGCGAAAGGAAAACGACAUGGAACAAAAGCGAGUCGCCCACGGGCAUCAUCGCCAGCACCUUCAACAAUACCUCAGACCACAUCGGCCAUUAGGACAGAUUCCAACCUAGGAUACAAGGUCCGAGUCCUAAUACACGACCUUCGCAACGUUGAAAAGAAUCCUUCUUCUGCCAGAAGGCUGAACGCAACCAUUUGCGAACAAUACAUCAGUUCACCGUAUUUCACUGCUCAGGAAGCCGAAGUCGUGAAGAGCGCAACGGUUGAUGUGGAAGUUGGGCCCCAAAUCACCUCCGUGGCCACAGAAGCUAUUAUCGGAAAGUCUUUGGACGAAGCGAUUUGCAAUGUACUCAAGGAUUUCCUUGAGAAGCGGCGGGCAAGCGGUGAUGCCCGGCCUUGUGGCCCGCAUCAUCUUGCGCCGCUUUAUGCGGAACUAUUUGGCAUUAGGAUGGAAGAGGUGGAGGAUGAAAAGUUUCUGGGUAGGUUGAGGAGGCAAGGGGUUUAG